AUGUCUCUGCCUCAGUCGGCUAUCCGGCCUGUCUUGCCCCAGGAGGUGGUGACAGCACUCUCCGAGCUUGGCGCAACCAGCCCUACCGCGAGGAUGUUCCAUGACGGCGCAGAUGCUGUCGACUUGCUGUUCAGCUGCCUUCCCAUCUGGGAAUCCGACCCCUAUCCCAAACUGGUGGCGGAGAUCAUGUGGCUUGGCGAGGUUUCGUCACUGGUAUCCGUGUCCAACAAGAUCCUCAAUGUAAUCACGGUGUUCCUUCACGUCAUUUCAACCCGUCCGUCUACGGACCCAGACUCGAAUUUCCUUCGCGAGUGUGCCGAGGAGGCCCUCCAGAUCCACGAGCCCGCGGCCGAGCGAUGCUAUAUUACCUACAAUGCCUACGAGUUCGCCCUAGACCUUGCACACCUUUCAAUCAAGACUCCGGCGUCGCCUAUCGCAGCUCACUUGGGCAAGAAAGCCCAACAGAUGGCCUACUAUCGAUGGCUCGCGUACGGACGCAAGGACGAACUUCACCCUCGGGCUCUCAUGCGGCAGACCGGCCCGACACAACCGGUCUGCAAGGCCUUUCUCCCGGACGAUUCCGACGUCAAGUGCAAGGGCUGUGGCAUGGGUGGCGGCACCUUAUUCACUUGCAGCGGUUGCCUCGUCAGCAAGGAUGGCCACGCCGCCUUCCGGACGGCUUACUGCAGCAGGGAAUGUCAGACCAAUGACUGGCAGCGCCACCGGGCUUCAUGCCGGGAGCUGCGACGCAUCAACCGAGCAGCUACCUUGUAUCACGAACUGCUUCUUCAUUUGUACAAAUCGGCUCACUACAGGGGCAUCGGGAGCAUCUCGGAGGAGGAUGGCUUCAUCUACGUCAAGUACCGGAACGAUGAAGAGGUUCACUACACCGAAAAGUCCAACUUGCGCCAGUUCCCUGAACACCUGGCUCCUAGCCCCGAAGUUGCGAAUGCGGUCGUGAUGGCCGGAAAGACCACCACCGACAACCAUUUCGGAGUGAUGGAGAAGCUGUUCAAUGCCAUCUUCAAGGGCACCUUCUGGAGAGAGGAGCGAGUGAGCGUACUGCCGAAGAACGUCGCCUUUGUGGUGGAGAGAGACCUUGUCAACGUGACCCGAAGUCUCCUCUCUUCCCUGGAGAUGCACGAGGUGGUGCGAAUCACCACUUUGUCAGGAUUGGACAUCGCGUUCGAUCCUUGCGGCUGCCUUCACGGCUGGAAAGAGCUCAUCUCGCCCUGGGCAAAGUACGAGAAGCACCGAAUCGCCAUGGCCUAUCCCGAGCAUGAGCAGUUCAAGGCACUCGAGGCGGCCACAGUUCGCCUGGAAGGCCUUUGGUGGAUACCAGAUGUAGAGUCCAGCCAAGUUGAACUUGUUUCAACUAUGGUCGAUGCCCUCCAAACCCAAGCUCGGUCCAUCUCGGGCGGUGGAGAGAUGUUGACGGUCCUCAAUCUUAACAACUCUGAUGAGUUUCAGCGAGCUCGAGCUCACCUCUUGGAUAGCGGCAAGACAGCCGCCGAUACCAAGGCUUGCGCAGUCCGCGGCGACCCGACCUAUCAGACCUACAUCACACGGAAUGGAUGGGUGAAGCGAAUCGGAUCGCAGGAGAUGUACGACAAGCUGAAGCAGGUCUGGCUGACCGACGAGCUCUACGAGGAGGUCAAGGAUGAUCCCGCCAAACUCAAAGAACUCUGGGCCGAGCGGCUUGGAAAUGUCGGUCUUUGA